AUGGCAUCAACAUCUCAGAAUUCCGUGUUUGAAGCAGUUCCAGCUGCCCAGUCUACAGGUGACAUGGACAAGAAAAUUCCUGCCUCCCCAACAGUGUUUGCCCCUGACGGCUCGACCUCCUCUGUCAGACGCGGUAGUAUUGAACAACCCUAUAGAACAUACAAGAUCCGUUGGUACGGGCUAGUCGUGUUGACAUUGCUGAACGUCAUGGUGAGCUGGUCGUGGCUCACCUUUGCACCCGUCACUUCCUCCACCGCCGAGUUCUACGGGACAGACGAGACAAUGGUGAACUGGCUAAGCAGUAUCUUCGUCUUUGCAAACUUCGCCAUGACCCUUAUAACCAUCAAGCUUCUCGACUGGGGUCUUCGUCCAACUCUCAUCAGCGGCAGCGCACUUCUCCUAAUCGGCAACUGGGUUCGUUAUGCUGGAUCCUACUCCUCCGAUGGUAACAAAGUCUCCGUUGUCGCUGUCGCUCAAGCUCUGUUGGGCAUGUCGCAGUCUCUUGUGCUAAGUGCCCCGACGCGCUUCUCUGAAACUUGGUUUACCAGUCAAGGGCGUGUGACGGCGACGGCUGUUAUGAGUCUUGCGAAUCCAACUGGAGCAGCGAUUGGAUCCAUUGUCGUUCCCUUGUGGACGAAUGAACCUAGCGAUAUCUCUGCAGUUGUCUUAUACGUGGCCAUAAUUUCAUCUGCCGUGGCCAUUCCUGGCUUCUUCAUCCCUGGCACGCCGCCAACUCCUCCAUCCGCGAUCAAUCAUGCAGAACGGCCCAAGGUCCUGCCCUCACUACGCAUAUUAGGGUUCUCAGAUACCGAGGCCGGUAUUGGAGGCGGUCUACUUAUAGUUCUCGGCCUCAUAUUCUCCGCCAUCACAGCUCCCAUCAUCGACAGAACCAAGAAGUUCAUCCUCGUCAUCAAAUGCGGAGUAGUUGUCGGUGGACUGUGCUAUCUCGCCUUGGUAUGGGUUCCAAGUACAAAGAAGAUCGGUGCACUAUAUGCUGUUCUCUGCUGCAUCGGCAUCUCGUCGCUCGCUAUCGUCCCCGUUGUGCUGGAAAUUCUCACCGAGUUCUCGUAUCCCGCGGGCGCCGAGAUCACUAGCACUACUGCCUGGGCUGGCGGUCAGUUACUCGGUGGAUGCUUCAUCAUUCUCGGCAACGGUAUGAAAGCAGCUGAGAGUGCUGACCCUCCUCGCAACAUGAAGGACUUUACUGUCUUUCAAGCUGUACUUGCAAUGGCGAUGAUACCUUUGCCCCUGAUGCUGGGGAUGUUUGGACGCAGUGAUCAAGUAGCUUUGAAACGCACGAAUGUGCACCAGAAUAUGUAA